ACUUUUUGUUUUCUCUUAAACCUUUCAUACGUUUUUAAUUUCACUUGAUUUUUUACUUUUGUUGAUUGUUGAUUGUUUUUGAUUCCGUUUGGGACUAUUGAGACAUUUCAGAGUUAGGUUCAUUCUUUAUUUCAUCACUGACCUUUGACCUUUGAUAAACGUAGAGUGUAUCAUACUAUCCUCAGUUUCUAGUGUUUUAAGUUUUCGUGCUUGGAUAUAUUGAGAAAUAGCCUAGAUCAAUCAGCAUAAAUUUGGAUUUCCUAAUUGUAUUGAUUUUAAAACAAUCUAUAAAGGAAGAUUGAUGGCAAAACUUUCUAAACCAAUGGAUGUUUUAUUCCAAGUAUCUCCUCAAGACCAAACUAAGGGAGUUUGGAGUUCUCUCUGUAUAGUGGAACUCUUCUUUACUCCCGUGACCUGACUUCCCGUUCAACGCUAGGAACAAGGUUUUUGAGAGCUAUGUUCUGACAAGCCUGAUAACUGCAUCAUUGUGUACUGCCAAAGUGUUUCACAUUCUUCUGUGACACCGUCUGCAUCGUUUGGCAGGACUUCAGAGAAUCAACCAUUAAGUGGAGUGUAUUUCUUGGCAUGACCUUUCCAGCCUCCAUGAAAGAUUGACAGACUGGGCGGAGUCACGAAACAGGAAGUGAAGACAGACAAGUCAUAACAGUUGUUCUAUUCGUUACUGGAUUAGGAAUUUCACCUGAGUUUACUGAGUUCAUGUGUUUGAGGCGGCUUGAAUAAGGAGGAUCUUCCUGGAGUUUUAUUUUCGGACUGUCUCAUUUUUUUGGCAUUUGAGAGAAUGUACCAGAAUGGCAGCGGUCACCCGUCCUUAAGUUCAUUGACGUCAGCGCACAGCACGUUGAACAUGGUUCCGCCCACUUCAACUAGCACCUCCCCCUACUCUCACGAGAGCCUGGCCUCGUCGUUUAUGCACAGCGGAUCCACCCCCGUCUACGUGCCAACGAACCGCCCAUCGUUACACUCCUCCCACAUGUCAGCUUACGGCGUGGGCAACGGCGGUACCCAACAGAACCCAUCUUCUCUUUCAGGCACGCCCACCGGAUCCUCCAUGUGGCAGACUGACAACUUGGGCAUGGCCUACUCUGCGCAGACCACGCCUACGCGUUUCGGAUUCUCCCCGCCUCAGUCCGGGCAGAUCAUGAGCUCCGACAGCUCUGCAGUGGCAGCAGCAGCUUAUGCAGGGACGUCGCUUCCAAGGACGCCCACGGCCUUGAACCCUUACUCCCCUUACAUGAGAGCCGACUUCAACGCCUGGAGCAGCUUCAGCAAUAUGGCUCUGCAAGGCUUUAAACAAACAGUUGAUCACGACGGCCAAGAAUGUUGGGUGGACCCUGAAGGUCGAGAGUGUGUUAACUGCGGGGCGGUGGCCACCCCCCUAUGGCGCAGGGACGGCACUGGUCACUACCUUUGCAACGCCUGCGGACUGUACCACAAGAUGAACGGACUAAACAGACCACUGGUAAAGCCCCAUAGGCGAGGGAUGAUAGGGGUUUCUUCAUCCCGAAGGGUCGGGAUGGUGUGCGCCAACUGCAGGACAUCAACCACAACGCUGUGGAGGCGGAACAGUGAGGGGGAACCCGUGUGCAACGCCUGCGGGUUGUACUAUAAACUGCACGGGGUCAACAGACCGUUGUCGAUGAGAAAAGAUGGAAUUCAAACCAGGAAAAGAAAACCCAAAGGGUCAUCUAGCGGGAAGAAAAGUUCCAGCAAAUCAUUUGACACUUCAGGGACAAAUGAAGACCGGAAGCCAAUUCUAACGCCACAUUCGCCAGAAAUAUCACGCCUGAGCGUCGUCGGCGGAGGCGGACUGGUGGGCGGCGGCGGGGGUGGCGGUCUGGGGGAGACCCCAUUGAGCCAUCACCAUUUGCACCAGAUGCAAAUGCAAUCGGCGCCGCCUCCGCCCAUGUCUCACAAUUUUCUCACCGAAGAUCGUAAACCUCUGAACCAGUCUCAUUCGCCGCAUCAGCACCACAGCGGCAACAGCAUCAACCAUGGCAGCACCAACAGCGGGCAUAACUCUGGACUCGCGGACAGCGUCCUGCUCAGCCACCAUCACCACCACCUGCAACAGCAACAUCAGCAGCACCAGCUUCCGCAGCAUCAACACAACUUCCUCACCAGCAACCACAUCUCCAGCCUGAACGACCCGUACUCUGGGAUGUCGCUGGGGCCUGGAAGUAGGGCAUCCAACUUGGGGCUGAUGGCGCCCUCUCACCUGUAUGGACAACUACCAUCGACACACUCCCCUGGUCCUCAACAGCAGCAUUCGUCUACUAACCACAGUCUGAUGAGUCAGUCCCAGGAACACCUGGAGAUGGACACCAAACCAAUGCUAGACGAGAUGGGUCAGCUCCAGAGGAUAAGCUCUUCGGACUCCAGAAAUCAUAGCUGAAAUAUCUUCACGUGACUAGAGUUAUCUUUCUUCCUUUGCGGCGUGCCUUCAGUGUCUUCAUAGUAGGUAGAUCCACCAAUGGGUGAAGUGUUCACAUUGUCAGCUUUAUUUUUUCUGGAGUAGAUUCAGGCGGUGUUAUUUAUUUAUUGUCACAUACUUUGUUCUUUUUAUUGUUUACAAAUGAAAACUGUGUGAAUCGAAUGCAAUAAAUUGGAGAUUCAGAAUAGGUAUUGUCUACCCUGAAGUUUACAUAAGCAGGUCGACGUUUGUUAUGAGCCUGUGAUAAUGCAAGAAAUAAGGAAACGCGUUUCCCUGGAUAAGUGCCCUGGAUAAGUGUCAAUGGAUAAGUCACUGGAUAAGUGUCACUUGAUAAGUGUGGCGAGCUAGCGGAUUGCGGAUAAGUGUUUAAUACAAAGUUGGCGGAAAUGAUAGACACUAAGCUGAAUAUGUUCUCUGGAAGUACUGGAGAACGUCUAAGAUGUAAAGAUGUCGGACACAGUAUGAGAACUUAAAUACUGUACAGGAGCGACACACAUGAUAUGAUACACGUCUCUGAUACAAUAGAGAAACACAAGUUCUUUUGGGGAAAAUGAACUGUGUGUCUUUGUGGGGCUUGCCCUUGUGUCUGAUACAAGAGAGAAACAAGUUCUUUAGGUGAAAAUGAACAGUGUGUCUUUGUGGGGCUUGCCCUUGUGUCUGACACAAUAGAG